AUGACUACUAACUGUGACAAAAACUGUUAUCUUUCAAAAUUCAAAUGGUUACAAAAGCUUGGACCAUCAUAUUCGGUUAAAGCAGAAAACAUCACAGCAUUAAAGAGUCCCUCAGAGUUCUAUCGCACACUUUUAGACCGAUGCCGUACAGCAAAACAUCGCAUUGUAAUAGCUUCUUUGUAUCUGGGUAUAGGGAAUCUAGAACGAGAUCUUGUUAAUACCAUAAAAGAUGCUAUGGAAAAUAGGAGAGAAUUGAGUGUGAGGGUUUUGUUGGACGCUAAUCGUGGGUCUAGAGGUAAAGUAAGUUCACGUACCAUGUUGAUGCCCAUAGUGAAUCCAUCAUUCGAUUGUCGUGUAUUUUUGUAUCAUACCCCAAAAUUGAGAGGACUACUUCGGUUGCUAUUACCUGAAAGAUAUAACGAAUUAAUAGGAAUACAGCACAUGAAACUAUACAUGUUUGAUGACUCUAUAAUUAUCAGCGGUGCAAAUUUAAGUCAAGAUUAUUUUACUAAUCGACAAGACAGAUAUAUUAUCAUUGAAGAUUGCAAAUCGUUAGUAGAUUUUUAUACAGGAUUAGUUGAAUUAUUUGGCCGUAUGUCAUUUCAGCUUACAAAUAAAAACACUUUAACAUUGGAUCCUACUUGGGAACAUCAUCCAUAUAAGAGUCCUUAUAAAACAUAUGCUUCAGAAGCUAGAAAACAGUUAAUGCAAUAUUAUAAUACACACAUUAUAAAACAUCCAAUUUUUGAAAAAACUACGGAUACAAUAGUUUAUCCUUUAAUUGAAUUUCCUCCAUUUGACAUACAUCAUGACAGUCAAACAACUAAUCUUCUUAUGUGUAAUGCUGAACCUGGAUCUACAAUGCAUAUGGCCACUGGAUACUUUAACAUACCAGAUAUUUACACUAAUACUAUGUUUCAAAAAUCAUUGGCAAACUUCAAAAUAUUGUUUUCCCAUCCAAUGGCUAAUUCAUUUCAACAGGCUAAAGGACCUGCUGGUUUUAUACCUACUGCAUACAGUUAUCUCACAAAUACUUUUCAUAGUAAAAUUGAAAAACUCAAACUUCAUGAACGGAUCACUUGUUUUGAAUACCAAAGAACUGGAUGGACAUUUCAUUCCAAGGGUUUGUGGUACACUCCAAACAAGUGUGAGUUGCCUGUAUUAACAGCUGUGGGCUCUUCAAAUUAUGGAGCUAGAUCAUUGAAUUGUGAUUUGGAAUCACAAUUAAUAAUUGUAACAAAUAACCAAAAAUUGCAACAAAAUUUUCAUACAGAGAAAUGUGAUAUUUUUAAAUCAACAUCAUUGUAUAUUCCUGAUGGUGAAUUUAAAGCACCUCUUUGGGUACGAUUUGUUUUAAGAAUAUUUAGAAAUUAUUUUUAAUUAUUUUGAGUAACCAUUUAA